GAAAAUGCACAAGUUGGACUCUAUGAUGAUGAGGAAUGUUCGAAGCGCAGCCGUCAAUGCAGACUGUGUACUUGUCCUUGUUGAUGCAUAUUGAUGAAGUGUUGGAAGAAGGUGUAGGAAUCCUCAAAGAUAAGCCACCCACUUUGCUGGUUUUGAAUAAGAAAGACAUGAUCAAACCGGGUGAAAUUGCAAAGAAACUGGAGUGGUAUGAGAAAUUUACAGAUGUAGAUGAGGUUAUACCUGUGAGUGCAAAAUAUGGUCAUGGAGUGGAAGAUAUCAAGGACUGGAUACUAUCAAAACUUCCUGUUGGACCACCUUAUUAUCCAAAGG